AUGUUAUUCAUUAAUGCGUGCGUUUUAGGGCCACGGUCACGACGUGUCAAGCGGAAAGAGUCCAGCACAGGUGACGAAGAAAAGCGGCCGCGAACGGCAUUCACCGCGGAACAACUGGAGCGACUGAAGCAGCAGUUCAUGGAUAAUCGAUAUUUGACGGAAAAACGACGCCAAGAGUUGGCUCACGAACUUGGUCUGAACGAAUCACAAAUCAAAAUAUGGUUUCAGUUCUUCGGAGGCAAGCUGAAGGUGGUAUUUUUGUGCAUAGUGUAAUC